UAGGAACUUUGAUCUUCUUCAUAUUUCUCAUGAAUUCAGACUUUGCCUUGUCAGUUCCACAAGAACUCGAAUCGGCUUCUCGUCUGAGAACCGUACAGUUCUUAAUUACACAAAGACCUUGGCUUGAUCUUUAUGGAAAGAGAGUUAGACCUGUUGCUCCUUUUGGGAGUGCAAGUAGUAAGCCAUUUGUUGAUCCGGCACUCAUACACCGUUGCUUGCCUGAUGAACUGCUAUUUGAGGUUUUUGCGAGAAUGAGUCCUUACAGCAUGGGGAGGGCAGCAUGUGUUUGUCGAAAAUGGAGAUAUACAAUUCGUAAUCCGGUGUUUUGGCGAAAUGCAUGCUUAAAGGCUUGGCAGCUCUCCGGACCAGUGGAAAGUUACAAGAUUCUACAGUCUAGAUAUGAAGGUUCUUGGAGGAAGAUGUGGAUUUUAAGACCAAGGAUCCGUACUGAUGGCCUUUAUGUGAGCAGGAAUACAUACAUUCGUGCAGGAAUUGCAGAGUGGAAGGUUACUAAUCCUGUUCAUGUGGUCUGCUAUUUUCGAUACAUCCGGUUUUUCCAUUCUGGAAGGUUCCUUUACAAGAAUUCUUCUCAAAAAGUGAGAGAAGUGGUGAAAUGCAUGAACUUCCGUGCAUCUAAAACCGACUGUGUUUUUAGUGGCCGCUAUACAUUGUCCGAUGACAAGGUUGAAGCUGCUCUCUUGUACCCAGGCUUGCGUCCAACUGUUUUAAGAAUCCGCUUAAGGUUGCGAGGAACAAUAGCAGGAGCCAACAAUCGGAUGGAUCUCCUUUCACUUGUUACAAGUGGUGUGAAUGAUAAUGAGAUUAAUAGCCAUAAUAAUGAUGAUAUGCUUGGUGUGGUUGAGGGUUGGCAAGAUGAUGAGACGCACAACCCUGAUGUACCUGCAGUCUCACACAAGAGAGGAAUGACCCCAUUCGUCUUUGUUCCAUUUGAAGAGGUGGAGACAUCAGUUCUGAAUCUUCCUGUUGACAAGAUGGAUUAUUUCGUACCUGGGUGAUACUUGAACCCUUGAAAUCCUUUUCUGUAAAUAUGUAUCCUCUGGACAUCCUUUACUGUGUUGGUCAAAGGAUUAACAAUUCUGUUUAUCGAUUUC